AUGAUGAAAUUUGAAAAAUCAGGAUAUAUAAUUGAAAUUUCUGUAACAUUAUAUGUCAAACCUAAAGAUGAUGCAGUUUAUAAUGCAGCUAAAAAUUUAUUAUUUGCCAAAUCACCAAAACAUUUUAAAAUAGAUCAUGAAACUUCAAAUAAUUUUUAUGAAGAUAAAAAGAAUGAUAAAUUGAUUAGUGUAUUUAAAGAAAUUCCAAAACCUUUGAAAGAACUCACAUUAAACCACAAAAGUAUUAUUAUCAAAUGGAGAAGGGUUAAUGAAUUGAGCUCAGUUUCAGAGAAAACAUGUAAUGUAUUAUUCUAUUUCAUACCUGGAUUCGGAUUGAAAGAUUUUUUGAUUGAAAUAUUAUCAGAUUUAAUUAAAAAAUUCCAAGGUGAUAUACCCGAUUUUUUAAAUACUGAAGUUUUUGGUAAUGGGUUAGAUAUGAUUGAAGAGAACAAAUUACUAAUGAAUAUUUUCCAAUAUGGAAAUCUGCAAAGUGAUCUAUUACCUUUGAGAAUCAUAUUAGAAAGUUUAAUUACAUACCUUAUGUCAAAAGAAUAUGAGAUACGAGAUUCAUAUGAUCAUAUAGUUAAAGCAUAUGAAUUCAAUUAUGAAAAUCAACUUAAAAUUAUGGUAAUCUGGGGUGAAAAAUUAACAUUAAAAACUUAUAAGACUAUGCUGGAACAAUUGAAUUAUAUCAUUACGAAUGAUGUAUUAUCUGAACCUCCAAAUGAUAGUUUAAUUGCAUUGAUUCCCGGCUAUUUAAAUUAUAACAUCAAUAGUAAUAAUGAUGAACUUCCACCAAGUUAUGGUUCAAGCAUUAUGCAAUAG